AUGUCGACUUGGGAAUCUGUGGCUCUCAAAGCAUCAAACGGGUCGAUCCCGGUUUUCUCGGGGCGAAACUCUCUGGGUUCCGUGUACCAAUGCGCCAGAUACCACGAAAUAAAGAAUAUAGCCACGAUUGCCACGAUUUUACAAGCAGCUACGCCGAUUGACCUCUUCUCGCGUUUGAGUUCCUUUCUCCAGGCACGAUAUGCCGCCUCCCACAGAACCUCUUCGGGGUUUAUCUUUAUCUUAGACGCGUCAUUGCCGUCCACUAGGAUUUCACGACUUCAAGUGAUGGCGACCGCCACUCUGGUCGUGAUAUGA